UCAUGUAUCUUGUCAGUUGUCAGUUGUACCUUUUUUCGAAUAGAUAAAUACAAGUACGACGACGAAUUUUUCGCUGUUUUACUCGAAAUAUUUUUUAUUUGUAUUUUCUAACUUCUAGAAAUAAUGGGUGUAGAUAUUCUUGGUUUUGCUUAUGCUGCUACAGUGGCCGCCGGUGGUAUUAUGGGCUACGCGAAAGCAGGUUCCAUACCAUCAUUGGGUGCUGGUUUAAUCUUUGGAUCAAUUUUGGGCGUCGGCGCAUAUCAGCUUAGUCAAAAUCCUUCUAACUACGCUCUCAUGCUGGGAACGACAACGACACUUGGCGGUCUCAUGGGAUACAGGUUCUACAACAGCAGAAAGUUCAUGCCGGCAGGCCUGGUGUUCGUUCUAUCUGUGGGAAUGUUGGCAAAACUGCUUGUCAAAAAUGUUGGCAACACCAACUCCCUACCCGUGAAGACUGGUUAAUAUCACUUGUUAUUUAGUAGUUAUUUGUACUGUCAACAGCUUUUCAAGUCUUCCAUCAUGAUCAAGUUGCUUUUGAGCCAGGGGUCCCCUACCUAACCUCCAUUGUUUAGGUAAUUAAAUAAUCUUGAUACUUAUAUACUUUUGUUAAAAAAAAAAGGUUAAUAGAUAUGUUUAUGAGAUAGGUUUUAUUCUGCAUAUAUUAUGUGGUUAUGAUGAUGAUAAAAGAUGUAUAAUAGGUAUUGCAAAAGUUGAUAAGCUGUUGAAUGUAUUAAGUACAGUCGGCCAGAAUAAGUUACGUGUUUAAUAAUAUUAACAGUCAGCUUUUAACAAAUUAAUGCUUUUAUUUUAUAUUAAAUUUAAAGCCACCUUUGUGGUUUUAUGCAGAUCGCCGGGAAAGACAUAUUCAUUAAGUUUAUAAUAAUAUUUAUAUUUCUAAAGCAUAAUCUUGUGACAUUUUAAUACUUUACAUGGUAAUACUUUACAUGGUAAAGUAUUAAAAUGUCACUAGAAAACUUAAAAAGGUCUGGCCGUACUGUAAGACUGUAAUAUAUUUAGUAAUUGAUAGAGUUGUACGUAUUUUUGUCAAUUUUUCAUAAUGGUUAAAUAAACCAGCCAAGUAUGUCGCGCCACGCGAAUGAAGGUCCGUAAUUACCCAUACCUAUAACAAUAACGCUUACAAAAAAACCACUUUUCAUUUCGCCCAGUCAAGAUUUUAUACAUACAUCAUCAGGUCUUUAUUCAUUAUGGAACAUUCAUUUAUUUAGUGAAUUUUAUUGUGUGUCUGUAGUGUGAUAUAAUCGAGUCAAAAACUUGCCACAGAAAUACUUCCUGUAAGAUACCUUAACAUUUUAAGAAGGCAUUCAGUUUAAUUGCAGUAAGACAGACGGACUUAUGUGAAAAAAUUAUAAGGAGUCGAUACUACGGAACCCCUAAAAAUAAGGCAAUAAUAAAUUUAUACUACGCACCUAAUACGAAAUAAUAAUUAUGUAUAAAAAAAAUAUACUACGUAAUACGAAAUAAUAUUUAUUUGUAGCUAUAUUAAUGUUCUAUGUAUAUGUUGUAGCGUAGGGAUUUCAAGACUUGAACAUACAGUAGCCUUAGCUGUGACGCAGUGGCGCCAUUUUUACAAAAGAUAUUUACUUUGUUAUACAUUUUGUUCUCUUUUAGUUGAAACGCCCGAUGAAUUGUGACCCUAUUUUUGUAUAAUGUGAAAAAUGGCGAAUAAAGCGGUGUCGGGGAUAA